AUGCCAGCUCAAGAGUUGGAAGGCCGAAUAGAAAUCAAGGUCGAGAAUUGUGAAGACUUCCCUACGGCCGGAAACCCUUCGGUGGAAGAUAACGUUGCAAAAUGUGGAGCCUAUAACAAUGAACUGAAAUUAAUAUGUUCCAAAGAAAUAUUAUUGCAGGAAGCCACGUGUGAAAAAAAUGACGUGACACAAGAUAAUAUUAUUCGUGACUGCGUUGGCGAUCCAAAUAAAGUUAUUUUGGAAAAUAACAUAAAAGUUGUAAAAUUAAACUACAGCGGAGGAAGGCUGGAUAUUUUUAGUACUCAUGAAAAUAGGCCUAUAGAGGAAUCAACUUCAUUAAGUUCUGAAAAUAUUAAUCAUGGUCCUUCUGAAAUGGAAAAACAUAUCCCUAAAGACUUCAUCAGAGAUCAAACGUACAGAUAUCCUGUAAGGCAUGAGGUGUCGCACAACAAAAAGGACUUGAAAAAGGGUGACAAAGACAUUAAGCCUACGGUAACGCAACAAGGUGGUCGGCCGUAUGUGUGCCGUGAUUGUGGCAAAAGCUAUACUCAAGGUUCCAAUCUGGUGAUCCACCAACGAAAACACACAGGAGAAAGGCCCUUUUCAUGCAACGAAUGUGGGAAGCGUUUUAUCAGUCGUGGAAAUUUUGCUACGCAUAAAAAAAUCCACACAGGAGAGGGGACCUAUAUCUGCAGCGAUUGUGGGAAAAGUUACGUCACCAGAUUCCAUCUUGUCAUACACCAGAGAAAACACACAGGAGAAAGACCGUAUACGUGCAACGUGUGCGGAAAAUCUUUUGUAUCCAAAUCAGACCUUGUGCGUCACGAGAAAGUGCAUCAAGCUUACAAGCCGUACAACUGCAGCGAAUGUGGUAAAAGAUUUACGCGGUCGUCUGAUCUUGUUCGACAUAAAAAAAGACACUUGGAGUCCGCAGUGUGUAAAUGAUUUUAAAGAAAAGUUUCA